AUGCGCAGGUUUGCUCCUGGUAUUAUCGCAAUGGAGGGCGUUACAAUCUUUUUUCCAUGUUAUGAGCUUAUUGUCUCCAGAAAGCAGCGAGAUCGCAUCCUCGGAGAAAUUCGAGCCUGGAACGAGAAGAAGGGUGGAGAUAGCGAGUCGGACUCGGGAACGUCGAGAUCGCAUGCUGGAUCCAGCCGCACGAACGAACUGUACACGAUAAAGGCAUUGGAGAAGUGUCUAUCGGAAGACUCGCAUGCCCUACUGCGGUUUGCUGCAGUGAAGGAAUUCAGCGGCGAGAACAUCAUCUUCCUGAAUUAUGUGCGAGACUGGAAGGCCACCUGGGCCAGGAUCAAUGCCAAAAAUCCCGAAUACGAUUGGCACCGCGAUCCUCAAUAUCACCGGCUUUACUUCUUCAAAAUUGCGGUCGAGAUCUAUAGCGCCUGCGUCAAUUUGAAAACGGCAGAGUUCCCUAUCAAUGUCGAAUCGCGGAUCUACUCCGGUUUAACGACCAUGUUUGGCGAAGCAGUGCAAUGCUCCGGUCGGCGUGUGUCCAGAGGCGCCGCAACACACAUGGAAGAAGACACUCGUGCUCUAUGUCUGGAUGAAAAUCCUUACGUGAGCCAGAGCAUCAUGCAGAUCAAGUCCCGUGUUCCAGACUCGGUCGUGGUUCCUUCGAACUUUGGUAUUUCCGUUUUUGACGAGGCUGAGAAGUCCAUCCUCGCUCUGGUGUUCACUAAUACCUGGCCUAAAUUUAUUGAUUCUUCGAGCGACGACUUGUCCAUCACAUUCUGA